AGCGGCUUGCCCAUUGGCUGGUGCUCUGGGCGCGCGGGAGUCGAGAAGCCCGUCAAGUGCCUGAGCAGCGGGGGAGACAGAGAGAGAGAGAGAGAGAGAGAGAGGGAAAAAGAAGGGAAGGGGCAGAGCGAGGAGGAGAGUUUGUAGAAGACUGUCUGAGGGAGCUAUGGACAGAUGUAAUGAAGUUAAACUCCAGCUGAAAAAAUGGGAGGUUUCAUUUUUUCAAGAAUGGCAGAGAAAACCCAGCAAGGUUGAUGUUGAGGAGGCUCCUGAAGAGAUCAAAAAACUGUACAGAGAGUACAAAGUGCUGAAGGAAACUAAAGGCCAUCAAGGCAGAACUGAAGUAAUUUGCCAGCAAGGAACUCUGGAACCUUCAGCAGCAGAACAGGUACUUAAAUUGGGCUGCUGGGGGGCACACCUGAAUCGAGGCCAGACAGUUCCUAAACUGACUCUGCAAGACCGGGAUACUCUGCAGGCUUCUGCACAAUAUUUUGGGAUGAAGCUGAAGCGCAACUUGGGAGCAGCCAUGAAGGAGCAUCCUGCAACUUCAAGGAAGCCCCUCACUCCUCGGAGGAAGUCAGCCACAUUAGCCCAGAAGGACCUGCAUCAUCCGGCCAUCAAAGUGAUUUCUUCUGAGCCCCUGGAUCAGCUUCCUGGCCCCCAAGCUGAGGAACCUGAAGACCUCUCCCCUCCUCUAUUUCCAGGACUGACUCCUGCCAAGCUCCCCACCUCCGACCCAAAGCCCGAACCACCAUCACUUGAUAAGUUUCAGCACCUGAAGCAGACGGUGACCAAGCGACUGAGCAGCCUGGAUCCAGGUUGGCUAGAGAGGUGCCAAGGGAUAACUCUGCAGACUGGAGAGGGACUAAUAGGAGACGGCUGUCCUGCCCUAGUUCAUGGGGCAGACCCUUGCCGGGGAUCACCAGAACACAAUUCCUUGGAAAAUGGGGGCGUUCUUCCCCACACUAGAGAGGAGGAAAGUGAGAUGUGUUGUGAUUCUCUCGGGGGAAACUGUCAAGGAAGCAUUUUGGGAAAGAAGCCCCUGGUCCAGAGUCCUGGUGGCAAAUGCAGGCCUGGUGUGCUGGAGAACCAGAUGGCAGGUAGGACCUCAAACACAGAAGGGCCCAGUGCAGCACUUGUUGAAACUGACACUGUCUCUCUUGCCCUCAAGCAUAUCCAUAAACAAGAAAUUUGCACGAAAGAUGCCACUCAGAAAAAGGAGGUGCGGCUUCUGGAAGGAACAUCACCAAGAAUGAGAGGUGCCAUCUGUGAAGUGGAGGUUGGACACAGUCCUCCCAAGAGAGAAAAGGCCUCUUGCAGGAAGAAACUGCAGAAUGCUGCAGCCCAUGAAGGCGAUGCUGUGGACAGUGCCACAUGUGGUACUUCUGGAGUGAAACGCAAGAAGGCUAAAGAACUCAACAGGAGCAGCCACAUCAAAAGGCUGCGUGGUGUCAGUCCAAAGCCAGGGCUGAGUGAAUAUGAUUUUGAAGGUCAGGACACUGCUUUGGUGCAAGAGCAAAAGGGAACGGUUGUCCCCGUUGCCUCUGAAAACCUGCUUGGGGAAGUCGAUGGGGAGGAGUGUCCCAAACGCAGAGCGAGAUCCAGUAUUCCAGCCUGCAGGGCACCAUCAAAGAAGGAUGGCAACUUUGUCCAACUCAAUCUCAGGAAUAAAUCCCACGUGAAAGGGUAUGCCUUGAAAGGAAAACAGCUUCGCAGGCAGGUAUGGAAGCAGAAGUGGCAGAAAAAGGGAGAGCAGUUUGGAGGCGGAGGCGGAAGGCACUUGGACCGCGGCUCAGACAUCUGCUUCAGAUGCGGGGGGCUUGGUCACUGGGCUUCACAGUGCAAGGGGAGAGUUGUAGAGCAACUCCCAGCUACUGACUCACAGAUGGAGGGAAGCGGCUGUGCAGCGGAAGAGGAAGUGCCAUUGCUCACUCUCGAAGAAGUGGCUCAGAUGACCAACACAGCCUAUUGCAAGCUCUUGGCAAAGAGCGAGAGCAGCCACAGAGCUCCAGGGCAGCUGGCCCAGGAGGAAGAGGUUUUCCUGCAUGCACAGAGGCCUGUGCCCGAACUCCCCUCUGCACCUGCACCCAUGGAGCCUCUCUACAGACUGGGGCCAGGUGGGACGGUGAGAGAGACCCCUCCUGAAGUGUUCCAGGCACUGGCUGCGCUGGGCUACGCCUCCUUCCGGCCAGGACAGGAAGCCGCAGUCAUGAAGAUCCUCUCAGGGCUCUCCACGCUGGUAGUCCUGUCAACAGGAAUGGGGAAAUCUCUCUGCUACCAGCUUCCUGCCUACCUGUACAGCAAGAGGUCCAAAUGCAUCACUUUGGUGAUCUCGCCAUUGGUGUCGCUGAUGGAUGACCAAGUCUCCGGCCUUCCCCAGCACCUGAAAGCUGUCUGUGUCCACUCCAACAUGUCCAAGGCCCAGAGAGAGGCUGCGAUGGACAAGGUGAAAGCAGGGAAUGUGCAGGUGCUGCUGCUCUCCCCUGAGGCCUUGGUGGGGGGAGGCCUCUCCGGCUCCAGUUGCCUCCCACCAGCUGACCAGCUCCCCAAGGUGGCUUUUGCCUGCAUUGACGAAGCGCACUGCGUCUCGGAGUGGUCCCACAAUUUCCGCCCUUGUUAUCUGCGGCUCUGUAAGGUUCUCCGGGACCGCUUAGGGGUGCGCUGCUUCUUGGGCCUGACUGCCACUGCCACAGUGUCCACCGCACGGGACGUGGGUCAUCACCUGGGCAUCCCGGAGGGCGAAGAGGGGAUUGCCACGCGCUCGGCGGCCGUCCCUCCAAACCUGCACCUCUCCGUCUCUACAGACAGAGACAAGGACCAGGCCCUGGUGAGCUUGCUGCAAGGGGAGAGGUUUGGGAGCCUGGACUCGGUCAUUGUUUACUGCACACGCCGGGAGGAGACGACCCGGAUUGCAGCACUCAUCCGCACAUGCCUCCAGGGUGUAAAGCUCAAGGAACCUGCCUGUGCAGAGGAGGAGGAGAGUGGCAGCAAUGCCCCUGGCAAGAAGAAGAAAGCAAAAGCUAAAAAGAGCCUCCGCCGCCCUCUGAGAUGGAUUGCUGACGCCUACCAUGCUGGCAUGUCCUCAGCUGAGCGCCGCCGUGUGCAGAACAACUUCAUGUCCGGCCAGCUGCGGGUCGUGGUGGCCACAGUGGCCUUUGGCAUGGGGCUGGACAAGUCUGACGUGCGCGGUGUGGUGCACUACAACAUGCCCAAGAACUUUGAGAGCUACGUGCAGGAGAUUGGGCGGGCAGGGCGAGAUGGCAAGCCUGCCCAGUGCCACCUCUUCUUGCACCCAGAGGGUGACGAUUUGCACGAGUUGAGGAGACACAUCUACGCAGAUACUGUCGACUUCUUUACUGUGAAGAAGCUUGUCCAGAAGGUUUUCUCUCGCUGCAAGUGCCGGGAACUUCACCAGAGACAGCAGGAGCUCAACCAGGGUGGUGAAGUGGAGGAUGCAGAGAUGUUGGCUGUCUUGGACGCAGGCGGGGAGGAGCAACCCCAGACAGACGGGGGCCAGCUGAGGGUGUGUUGCAAACACGAGAGGGCCAUCCCUAUCCAGCAGACCGUGGAGGCUCUGGACUUCCGAGAGGAAGGCAUAGAGACGCUUCUGUGUUACCUGGAGUUGCAUCCCUGCUCCUGGGUGGAGCUUCUGCACCCCACGCUCUCCUCCUGCCGGACUGUGUGUUAUGGCGGCCCCAAGCAACUGCGGGCAGUUGCUCAAAGGUGCCCGCCUCUGGCCGUCUGCCUCGCUCAGCAGCGCCAGAAAGGGAUUGACCACACGCAUGCCAGCUCUGUGGAGUUUGACGUUGUCGAGCUGGCCGACUCCAUGGGCUGGGAGGUGCCGCCUGUGAAACGAGCUCUCCGCCAGCUGCAGUGGAAGACCCAGCCCCAGAACGAUUUUCAUGUGUCUGGGAAGAGCGGAAUCCUCGUGGAGUUUAGUGAUCUCUCCUUUCACCUGCGCUCCUACGGUGACCUCACUGACCAGGAGCUGGAUGUGGUGUGCGAUUUCCUCCAUCACCGGGUGACGGGCCGUGAAAAGGCAGCCCUCCGCCAACUGCAAGUGUGCUUCCGGGCCUUCCAGAGUGUGGCUUUUCGGAGCUCUGCCUUGUGCUCUGAUCUCGGGGGUGAGGAGAGAAGCUCCCAGCUGAAGGCCCUGCUGAUGGAUUAUUUUGAGAAGGACACAACGCUGGAUGAGGCGGAUCCUACAUUCCUGGAUGAAGAGAAGGGUGCUGAGGAUCUCCAGGAGGUUAAACAGCUGCGGGACUGGGAACAGCAAGUCCGAGCUGACAUCCGCCACUUCCUGUCUAUCCGCCAAGACGAGAAGUUCUCUGGCAGGGCUGUGGCCAGGAUAUUCCACGGCAUCGGGAGUCCCUGCUAUCCUGCUCAGGUUUAUGGCAGAGACCGGCGUUUCUGGAGGAAGUACAUCCACUUGAACUUCAACAAGAUUAUGCGCUUGGCCACAGAAGAGAUCAUCCGCUGGAAGUGAGCUGAGCCUGCAUGGAUGUGGCGGUUGCUGGAAAGGCUGGCUCAAGAGAGGAACGCCCAGAACAAAGCUGCAGGGCUCCUUCGGGCCCAUGUUCAGGUUACUCUAGCUGCAGGAUGGGGUGGGCCACCUGCAAACCCUCAGGUGCCAGAAAGGGAUCUCAUGGACCAGCUGUAGCUUCCCUGAGGUCUCUUAGAACUCCUCUAAGGGUAAAUGGAAUCUCUUUGGGAAGUUGAGUAAAAUCCUCCCUUACCCUGGAAGAAGCAAAGGUUGGAGGAGAAUGCUGUGUUUUUUAUUAUCUAUUCCACACAUCAUGUUUUUUUAAAGAUGGUAACAAGAGUGCUACGAAGCUCUUUUUAAAGCCCCUCCUUGGGGGUUUUAAUUUGUAUUUCCAGGACUGACUCUACUCUGCACAUUUUUCAAAUGUAAGAGAUUGUUCCUGAAUGCCUUGUCUUCUUUCUGCAGAGUGGGGAGGGAGGGUUUGACUUGGCAUUGAUUGACACCUCUAAGCAUCAUUUUGGACCAUUAACUGGCAGACCCUCUUUUUUUAAAAAAGAGAAUUGUGAACAUUAGUUUGUAUACUGUUGAUUAAAAUGUCUGUGUUUUUAAAAAUUGA